CACUAUAUGAAAAGACAACUCGGUCGAUCACGUUAACUUCAACCAGUUGUAGGUAAUUAAAAACAGUUGUGCUUGGAAAUUGAUUUAAAUUCUUUAGAAAUUAGAAAAAAGCUGUGGUUAAAUAGAUUUUUUCUUUCGAUGAACGGAUUUUUUUUUAAACAUUGAAAAUUCCCGAGUGCUUCCGAGAGAAUUCUGCACGAAUUAUCUAUUUCCUGUCGGUGGUCAUCUACAACGCAGCUACAGCGCUGUGUCAAAUUACGCGGGAUUGCUACAUAUAAGGACAUUAACCACCUAAAGAAGGAUUUAAUUUCAUCCUUGCUAUUUUACCUUCCUCUCUGACCUCAUUUCUAACGGAUAUCAUGUCCGUCUCAAAAAGUUUUCCAACAAAAUCAUCAAAGAUUCUCGUUCUCGCUUUUUUAACGAUUUUAGCAUACCUUGUGUUUACAACCAACACCGUUUCAAAUGUAAUUCCUCCACGCGUUCUUCCAAAGAAACAACAAACUUUUGAUGUAAAGGUUGCGAACAGAUACAAGAAAUACUUGCGAACUUUCACACCUGGAUAAGAUAAAAAUUGUGUUUUAACUUUGCCCAGAAAAUAUAUCGGGGAAGAGGACAUGCCAAUAAUAAUUCCUCCAGAAAGUGAAAUGAAGUCACUUUCUCUUGACGGCAUUGCCUGUAUUUAUCAUCGUUACGUCACAUCACUUCAAACUCAGUGCGCCUCCAUGGACCGUGUAGGUGAAAUACAGAGAAAGGGAUGGUACAUUUGCUCCGACCCGACUUAUGUUCCGCGCAAACCAUGUACAACAUUUUUGUCUAACAAUAUUUUUCCUGAAAACAUGUUCUCUGAAGAUUUAAAAUUAAGAUACGGUUGUGACAUAUACAAGACCCCACUGUGGUUGAAAACAUCGUUAAAGUCUUGGAAAAAUGAAACAAAUAUGUCUAUAAAUGACGUUAUUGAUAUACUAACAUUAAGUAUUAAUGGCAUAUCAAACUUACCACUUAUCGAUCAUUUUGUAAAUGAGAAACCCAUAAGUCAAGUACGACAACUACUGUUGGAGUUACACUUUAACCCAGGUCAGAUGAGUAUCGAGGACUACGCCCAGAUCUUACUUCGCUUAAAGAAGCUACACAGAUAUGGAUUCAGAAUAGUGUGGUUUGACCGAAUUUUCCAAUGUGCAACUCCGAAAUUUAAUAAGCGUUACGCGGAAUAUUUUGUGCAAGAAAGUUUUAAAGAUAAGUCAACGAAUUUGGAAGUAGUGAAUUUGCCAUCAGUUGAAGAAAUUAAAGGAAUGGAGAGCACAAAAAGUUCAGAUUUGUACUUCAAGUAUCUUCAAACAACCCAAAUAUUCUGUCAGAAUAUAUUUAGAAUGGGGCAGAUUGUAGAUGGUGGAUGGGAUGUAUGUCAUGACCAUAUGGUAAAAUACCCUCAGUCAUGUAUAGUAUACUCGUUUGGUGUGUCAGGUGACUUAACCUUUGAUGACGAAGUUUCAGAAACAUACCAUUGCAAUGUGUUUUCUUUUGACCCAACAACUGUCUUCCCGACCCACCAGCACGGACCAAACGUUUGGUUCUAUAGAAUAGGAAUAGUAAAUAAACAUGAAAAGUUCAGAGCUGGCUAUGUCGCACCACUGCAGGAACUUCGAGAAAUGCAUAACCACACAUCUUCUCCAAUUGCUAUUCUCAAAAUCGAUGUUGAAGGUGCGGAGUGGCAAAGUUGUCCGAUCUAAGGUCCUACACUUCUGCCAUGAUAUGAAUUAGUCAACUUAUUUUUGGUUAUCCCGUUCUGGAAAGUUCUCAAAACCAUUAACAUUAAAGCUGACAUGAAUUCAUAAAAGCAUUUGGUCGCCAUAUUAGUUUUGAUCGCUCCUCUACUGCCACUGGGGUAUAUAUAUCGGUUGAGAAAGAUACGGUCGGUUGCUCUCUGAUCAAUGCAUUCACGUUGCACGGACUUCUAAAUGCAUGAACUACACAUUGUAGUAAAACGUAGUAAUAAAGAAUAAAGAAAACAACAAUCAUGAAAUACAAAAUAUAUUUAUUCUUUGAAAGGAUGUCCAAAUUAUCCGUAUUAUUUUGCACAGACAGUGCUGCCUUACUUCGCAUGCACAUCGAACACGUGUGUCGUUCAUACAGAGUGCAUAACGUCUGAAUCUUCUUGAAAACCCCGGCGACACUACAUCCAACAUAGUAGCUAAAUGAUAGUAAAUCCAAGAAAGUAACGUUUCCAUCCGUUCCUACAAAAUCUCCCCGUUUUUAAAAAUCCAUGCGAUAAUUGACAUUGCUCAAUCUGCCACAAUGUGUGGUUUGCGCAUGUGCGAUGUUAUAACAUACACAGAAAAACGGUCGACAAUUAUCGAGGAAUUUUUUAAGUAUCAGCGCCUGGAUUUCAGUCUGUCUUGUUUAGUCGAUAUAUCUUGCCAGUUAAGUUGUUGUCAUAUUAUUUUUGUUGAAAACGCGAUUUUACAAGUCUUUUCGUCCAAGGUAACGUGUUCGUGUGUAUGAAAUUCCUGAAUGCGGUAAAGCAUGACGAGGGCUCUCGGCUUUAUAUAGGGGGUGUGUAGCGAUGAGCAGAACAAUAGAAAUCGACAACUAAUAUGGCGGUAGUCGGAGAUAAAAGGGAAAUAAUGCGUAUUUAUGAAUUCAUGUCAGCUUUAACAUUGCGCAUUUAAGAAACGAAUCGACUUAUUUUAUUUAUUCAACAUUUGUGAACUUUUAAUUUGUACGCAUACUGUAAACAAGUUCCCGGUAAAUAUAUUCAAGCUGUACGUAAUUUUCCUACCUAAUUCACCGGAGGGUACUAUAGCUUUUCUCUGCAUUCGUCUGUCUGUCUGACUUCAGUUUUCCACAUUUUUUUUUCUUAAUGCGUUUAAGGAAUAAUAUAAAUAGUUACGAUUCGUAGGGAUUUUUCCCACUACACACAGUCAUGAGUGUAUCUGGAGGAAAGUCCAAAAUGGCUUUACCAAGAAGUUACGAGAGAACGAGGAUUUCAACCGACUUUUCAGAAGAGCUGCCGUCUGUCCUCUGGUUCCUUCCUAUUCUCUGGUUCCUGGUCAACGUGUAAAAUGUGUGGUGGCAGGCCUUAGCGAU